AUUUCGGAGCAUCAUCUGUGUCCUGGUAAUGUCUAGCCACCGCGCCACCGCUGGAGAUUCUGACGGAGCCGUUGGCUGUUGCUUUUCCUCACGGGCUAAUCGGACUUGAGCUUUCGAUUUUCUUUGCGGGUGGGCAAGUGAGAUUAUGCGAUUCUCUGCGCGUGCUCCUCGCCGUAGCUUGUAGCCAGGCAGUGCCUCUUCCCUAGGUUUCGACCCGAAACCACGGUCAGUUUCAGCCCUUAAGAUUCAAAUCGUAGGGAGAAGCUCCGAAAGCGCGCGGACGAUGGCGAAACCACAAUUUCUCAGCGGGCAGCGGAAGUCAAAAUUCUCUCGCACCGCACCCUUGCCCGAACCCUCCGUCAGAUUCGAUCAGCCUGCAAAAUCGUUUCAAAUGCUUGUUCGCUCAAAACUUAUUGAGCCGGGCAGCAUGCCAGCGCAUAGUCAGAAAUUCCCGGAGUCUGCGAGUCGGGCAGCAGUUCCCGAAACCUGGUUCCUCCCAUUCCGUCCCCCCUGCUGCUCCUUCCCACAACCCACAUCCUCUCUCCUCUCCCUCCUGCUUCCUCUGAUCGCCUCACCUACAAAUCCAGAGUCCCACCCAGACAUUCUUAGUGCCCCUUCAGUUUCCAGCAAGCUUGAUCGCAUUCAGUUCCUUCAGUUCUCAGCAAGCUCCAUCAUACAAGGCUCAUUUCUGCUCGCCGGUUCUUGACUACUGCUGAUACUCUUCUCUCAAGGCGUUUAGCUUCUCGGUUACUUCCUAGCUCGAGCUCCACCAGUUUCCAGUUUCCAGGCGUUUCCAUGGCUUCUUGUUUUGAUGGUGACCGCUACCCGACUUUCGCUGAAGCACUCGCCUUCUGGUUAGCUUUGGUGGCCUCGUCCUCAGCUGUGGCGGACUGCCCGACUUUCGCUGAAGCACGCCGCUUCUGGCAAAAUCGGAUUGCAUGGCUGCAGCGUCGGGCUCUGCUGCAGUCUUUACGACGACCUAGUAAGCUGGCCUCGUCCUCGCCUGUGAGGGACGGCCCGGCUUUCACUGAAGCGUUGGGCUAUUGGCGAAGUCGGAUUGCAUGGCUGCAGUCUGGGUGUCAAGCUCCGCGGCCCACAGCUCCGUGGCUGGCUGCAGAGGAGGAGGAAUCGCUGACUGAGGGGGCUGCAGAUGCGGAGAGGUCACGGAUUGAGGAGGCUGCAGAUGCGGAGAGGUCACGGAUUGAGGAGGCUGCAGAGGACUUCCCUGAGACGGUUGUGCCGCUUGAAUUCGAUCAGAGCAGUGAGUGCAGCAGCGACGCCAGCAUGACCAGCACGGCUGGCAGCAGCACCUUCCACAGGGACUACAGUGGUGAUGACGACAGUGACUGUAGCGGUUCAUUGAGUUCGUCCGCUGUGACAGAUGCAGCAGGAAUUGCUGCUGCGCUUGCUGCUGCUGUUACAGAGGUAGCAGCUGUGAAGGCUACUGCUGGUGCAGAGAAGAAGUCUGAUCACAAAUCUAAUGCUUCUGUGACUUGGAAGGAAGGCACUGUAAGCACGAGGCACCAGGGGAGAGCUGGUGGUGUGGAAUGUGGAGCAAGGAAAGGCUCUGCUAGGGUGACAAGGGUAGCAGCAGUGAGGCCUCCACUGAGGCCUUGAAGGCUGCUAGGUGGAUAUUGGUUAGGUCAUUGUAGAUGCAAUGCUGAUGUGGCAUUGCCUGGUUGGCCUUGUAUAUUAUUCCUUGUUUAGCUAUAUUGUGAAUUCCUGUAUUGGUUGGUAGCCAUGUU